AUGUUUUCUAUUUUCAUCGGAAAUGUUUUUUCCAAAACAAUUAAUUAUUUAAUUGUUUGAUUUUUAAUUUAAAAUGUUAAUCACCUGGAAAUCUGAUUUCUCCGAUUAAAUUCAACACUUAAUGUACCAUUUUUGCUUUUUUCAACGAAUAAGAACAAGGAUAAGAUGAACACCUUAACGAAAAUAUCUUCUUUUUUAGGAUCAUCAUCAAGGCAUUUAAUUUAUUCAUCUAAAGCUUUUUCAAUAUGUUCACCGGCUUCCAUUCCCCCUCCACCUUUACUACCUCCAGCCAAAGUUACAUUUCCCAUAGUGGAAAAGCCAAGAUUCGGUGUCCCUAUUCAAAGACAACAAAUGCCAACCCGAUUCUCAUUAAUAAACGAAUUAUUUGCACCUUCAAUUUAUGAUUUUCGGGUUACCAUUGCACCAGAGAUUAGUGAUCCAAGAAAAUUAGAUGAAAUCAAAUGUAUUUCAAGGAAGGAUAAAUAUGGAUCAAUACCAGACUUCAAUUACAGCAACACUAUUAUGCACAUCAGACAUAGAAAGAUAAAGAAACAUCAUCGGAUAAAAUGGAUCAAAAACAAUCUUUCGGCUAUUAAAUAUACUCGAUUAAGAAGAAACAUUCAAAAAGAGAAACUAUUUAGAGCCGAAAUAUUAGCUGCCGUUAAAGAAGCUGAAGAUUUUGACGCAGAAAAAUACGUCGAUGGAAUUCUAAAUGCCAUCGAUAAAGCACCAAAACCAGCUGAUAAAGAAGAAGGUCUGAGAAAGACAAUCGCCUUAAUGCGAAAAUACCGAGCAGAAACUGAUCUAAUUACUCCAGAAUUUGAAGAUCCAGUGAAACCAGUUCAUGAUAUUGUUUUCAGAAUCAAAUGAAACCUUUGCAAUUCUUUCAUUAGUCCAUUACUUUUUUUUUUUGGUAAACAUCGUAAUGUUAACUUUUCUUAAUAGAUUUACAUAAACUAAAUCGAUGACACAUGAAAAAAGACAAUAAAAUAGUCAAUAAAAAUUGAAA